UCUCAAAUGAAAAAAAAACUUAGAAGGGUACUUUUUCUAUCCUUGCAUAAAAGGUGUUGUUUAUCUCGUUUUAAAUUAAGUUUGAACAAAGGGAAAACAUGAAGUCUGCGUGUGUCAUUUGAAAAAGAGGUGAGUGUGAUGACUUAGGCGAAUGUGUCAUGUCGAUAAUGCUUAUUUGUUAACUUGCUGAUGCAUUUUUGACGGUGUUACACUGAUACAUUCCAAGAAAUACGACCAGUUUCAUCUGGGAAGCAAUUAGACCCUGUAUAUUAUGGGGUUAACUCAAAUAUCCACUUUACAGAUUCAACUCGAAUUGAUUUUCGUCUUUUGUUAAAAGGUUCCCAUUUCAUUACAUGUGGAUGGUGCUGUUCCUGUAAAUUGCCACCAGUUUCGGUAAUCCGAAACUCCAUUCUGCUAAGUGCACGCCAAACCAAGUGUUUCUAAUCUCAAAUAUUGUUAGUGAUACAUAAUUCUUGGGGGAUCAGGUGGAAGGCAACUGACUGUCAUUUUAAGAGAAAAAUUGGGGGAAAGCAAAAUAUCUACAGAUGAGGGAAUUGAACUUCGGUUUUUGGGCGUUUCAGCCGGCAUUGUACUGUUAAAUUAUUUUUUUAUGGUAAUUUUUAAUUGUUUUGCAUCGGGUGCACUUUUUAAUUGACACCGCGUUUUCUUAGCAUAUUUGGAGACCCGAGUGGACAUGAUUGACAAAUAUUCUGAAUUCUGGAGAGAUGAGCAAUAUGAAGAUACUGAUCCGAGCUACGAAACUCUGAGAGAAGGAGACCAUUCUCGUUAUUCCUCACAGAUCUAUCCUCUGGCAAAAGAUGGGAAAAAAUAUAUUAAUCGACCUUUGCCGGCCGUUCCCCCAAUCAGAGAUAACGAUACAACAAGCCAGAAUUCUGAUAAAUAUUAUGAAAAAACUGACCGACGAAAACGUCGCAUAGUGCCUCUGGUCGGCAUAGGACUUGUCGUAUGUUUGGCGUCGGUUGCUGGGGUCUUAAGCCUGGUAAUACUAUCAAACGCAGCGACCCCUAUUGAGAAGACUACUGAUGUUGACGUUACCACGGCAACGACACUUGACGUCACUGCAGCAUCCUCCACUGAAGCUACCACUGAACUUACCACUGAACCUAGCACUGAACCUACUACUGAACUUACCACUGAACCUACCACUGAACUUACCACUGAACCUAGCACUGAAGCUGGAACAACAGAGGGAUCUACGACCUUUCAGCCUACUACAGAAGAAGAAUCUUGUGGAAUUGACACCAUUUUGAUGAACAAUACGUACUUUGCCGCCGGACAAGUACUUGAGAGUAGGCCUACUAAAGUGACCAGUGAAGCAGUUUGUCGUCGUUUCUGUGUUACCAACCCUUAUUGUGCCACAGGGACUUUUAAUAAGAGGACAAAUCUGUGCUACCUCUCAUCGCAACAAAUCAGAAACACAGUGCGCCAGGCUGGCUGGUCGGCGUUCAUAAAGUCGGACGGGUGCCGGUGUGAGAUGGUGAACUAUACUGUCCAGGACUUCAUGUUUGUCGUUACGCCUGGAAACCCCAUGGGAAUCAAAAAAAGAUUUGUUUACGCGUCGUCGUCAGCAGAUUGUGCCAAUAAAUGUCUGGUGGAUAGCGCAUGCGCCGCCUCACAACACAACAUAAACGAAAACAUUUGCGAACUCUUUGAUCAGUUGCCACAGAUUAUCAGUUCCUGGUUCGACGUUAUGAUGUUCGUCAAAACCCUCGGUUGUUCUAACAAUUAGGUGCUACUGUCACCCACUACGUCUCUUCCCACAUAGAAUCCAACUGGACUGGAAACGCGCGCGGUGUCCCUCCUUUGAACAAAGCGCGUUACAGACAAGCAUAGCCCAUAGUUCUUUGCAAUGGGCUGCGUCCUUUGUGCGACUAUGAAACUGGUAUCGCUGUGGUCGUAGAAAGGAGGCACAAGCAUCGCUCUGGUUGUAGACUGAAUGCUCAAUGACCGGCACUAUGGCAUUUUCAAUGGGACGGUUUCAAAUGUUCCGCACCGUGGUCACAGUAGAGAGGAUGACGAAAGCAAUAUAUAUAUAACUAUAGUUUCAUUUUUAAAAGGAUAGAUAAGAAGUGGGGCUAAUUGGGUCUUUUAUUUAUUUAUUUAUAUAAAGAUACUACAGGUCCGUAGCCAGCAAUUUCA